CUCUUCUACAAGAGUUUCAGGCAUAAUGUUGAGCCUCCUUCUGACUUCUUUUCUACUGGACUGGGACGGACAAAACUUAAAGUUUGAAAUGAAAAAUAAUUUGGGUGUAAGAGCAUUAUCUGGGAGUUUAGGAAUUAAUAUUCCUGGGACACCAGUUCAAGGAAACUGUACGGAUCUAUGCUACAAUUGGGAAGGACUGGCAGAAUUAGCUGUAACAAACUCUAAAUAUGAUAAUUGUGUUGAGAUUUUGUGGAAAAGUGAACAACUUUCCUCCAUAGAAGACUGUAUAGAUAUAGGUGAUGAAUACUGGUAUGGUGGACCAGAGGAACUUCUUCAACACUUCCCUCUUAGGAAGGAGAAUCCACGUCAUAGUGUUCCAUAUCUUCCAGGAGAUAUGAUUCAGGAUAAAGAUCAGUAUUUUGGAGGUAAAUACACUACAUAGUGUCCCAUAUCUUCCAGGAGAUAUGAUUCAGGAUAAAGAUCAGUAUUUU